AUGGAUCCUUCUGGCACCCAGAAGAGGCGGCCUCGGCGCACCCGCGAGCUGAGGUGCGACACUUGGGUCCGUCGGGAGCCGGAGGAGCGUAGCAGAAGUUAUCCAGGUGGCCUUAUCCGGCCUUUCCAGUUGGCGGAACGCGUGCCGUCAGCUUCCACACGUACGCAGUCAGUGCACUUGGAGAACGGCGUGCCCGGUUUGGGAACGAUGAGCGUGGAGCCGAGGUGUUGCUUUGCUCCUCGUGGCACGGCGGCGUGCGGAAGAGCUCGAUUCCGCGGCGCGCUCGUGGCGGCACGGUGGUUUUCGGGAGACGUCGGGUUUUUGCGGCUUCGUAGCGAGACGUCUCGCUUCUGGGUGUCUGUAGGUGCCCUCAAUGGCUAUGUCCUACCAAACAUGCUCCUGCACAGGGACCCAGGAGCUCCGGAGCACACCAGCCACUUCCUCUCCGUGUUUACUUUGAGUUGUAACUUUGUUCCUCGGUCUGCCGUUGCACCGGAGAAACUCGGGAUGUUUUUCAGCCCAAGUGGUAAAAAGUUCCGAAGCAAGCCCCAGCUGGCGCGCUACCUGGGGAGCUCCAUGGACCUGAGCUCUUUUGACUUCCGCACAGGAAAAAUGCUGAUGAAUAAAAUGAACAAGAACAGACAGAGGAUGCGCUACGACUGUUCCAACCAAGCCAAAGGCAAGCCUGAUUUGAACACAGCACUGCCCGUCAGACAGACAGCUUCCAUAUUCAAACAACCUGUGACAAAGAUCACAAACCAUCCCAGCAACAAGGUGAAGAGUGAUCCUCAGAAAGCUGUGGACCAGCCCCGGCAGUUUCUCAGCCUAGAUGAAAUUGCUUUCUUGCCAGACAAAUGGUACUCCAGCUAUUCAUUGAACAGCCUUAUACAUGUGGACUCGGAGUCGAAGGUGGAUCCAG